AUGGUCGUGGUGGUGGUGAUGGUGGUGGUGGUGGUGGUGCUGCUGCUGCUGCUGCGACAGCCCGGAGUGGUGCUGGUGGCAGUGGCGCGGGUGGAGGUAGAGGCAGUGGUAAAGGGCAGUGGAGGCCGCCUUCUGUCGGACCGGACGGCGCCUUUCAGAAACGCCUCAAACUCCAACGGUCUUAACGUCCUACCGGUCCUCAACGAUAACGGCGCUUCCAGCGACAAUAACGGUCACAACAACUUCAACUACCAGUACAGCGGCAGCAACCCGCAGGUCAACGGCAACAACGUUGUGCAUUUGGAGCCCCCAUCGAGGUGCUGUCCGGACGUGGUGAUGAGAGACGGUGGCGACGACGGCGGCGGCGGCGGCGGCCGCGGCGGCAGCCCCGAGGAGGGCAGCAGCGGCCACAUGAACUUCCCUUGGAUGCGAUCGCUGCAGCAACACCAGCAGCAUCACCUACAGCCCGGCGGCCCGGGUGCAGCGGGGCUGCCGGGGCUGCCUUCUAGAACCCUGAUUGCUUUCCCAUCGCUGCACGGCGGCAAGCCGGCGGCGGCGGCGGCGACGCCACACCUGACCUGGGACCAGCAGCGGCAGCAGCGACCUGAGGUGCUGACGGCGCCGCUGCCGGCAGCGGCGGUGACCUCCUCGAUGUACGGCGGCGGCAUCGCUGCAGUCGCCGCCAGUGCCGCCAGCGGUAACGUCACGUUGAACAACGCAACGACGGGUCGGUUGCUGGCGGGUGCCAGUGCGCCGCCGCAAAUCUUCAGCGCGGCGCCGCCGUCGGUGGUGGUGGCGCUGGACCCUGCGGAACUGCCCGGCAUCCAUGACCCCGCCCUGGAGAGACAGCUCCAGGAUAUCGUCACCUCGGCGCGGCUUGAGGGGCUAGGAUGGUACGGCAGACCACCGGGAUCGGGGACGAAUAUGUCGCCGUACUUGCCUACCGGGAACGAGGGGGCCAGCGGCUUUGCCGACGUAGCUGGGCCGCCGUCACAGCAGGCGCAUUACUCGCUUGCCAGGGGGGCCCCCGGCCCGGCCGGGUUCGACGGCAGCGGCGGCGGCGGCGGCGGUCGCCACGCGUGUACGGGAUCAGCGGCGAUUGGCGGCGGGGGGAGUCAUCAGGUUCGUGGUCGUGGUGUUGCUGGAGCCGCUUGCACGGCUGCCGCAAACGGCACGGCGGCGGCGGCGGCGGCGCCGUCAGCGCCGGAGCCGUCUCUUGCGACGGCGCUUUGGUACCAUCGCCAGGCAGCAGACGAUGUCGGCGAUGUUGGCGGCACUGCCGGCGGCUGGGUGCAGCCCAAGUCCAAGCCGGGCGGCCAGAACGGCGCUGCCAGCGGCAGCAGCGGCAGUAGCCUGGAGACGUGCAUGCAUUACCUUUCGCAGCAGCCCCCGCAGCAGCAGGUACCGCAGCACUCGUACGGGUACGAGUACGGCGACGUCGGUGCCGGCGGCAGCUACGGUGGCGGCGCCGCUAGCCCCGCGACUCACGGCCCCGGGUCCGCCGGCGGUCGGGGCCACCGUGCGGUGGGGCUCGGACGAGGGGGCGCCCUUCGGGGACUGCUCGGCUACCGCUCCGGGGAGCCUGACCAGCUAGUCCGUAUGGCGCUCAAGCUCACAAGCAGAGCGCCACAUGAGUUAGAACCUUCGACCAUCGCGUCGCUACGGAGAAUGCUGUCCGUGUACGACAAACUGCAGAGCGUCCAGGGCUACGUACGGCCCGGCAGCGGCGGAGGCGGCGGAGGCGGCGCCGUGUCCGCGGGUUCACCCUCGAGCAGCUCCUGGUGGUAUGAAUCCGACUCGGGCAGCUGUCAGGGCAUUCGUACGACGGCCCUCGCGGAGGCGGGCCUCGCUGUCUUGAAAGAACGGCUGCGGCCGCUCCCCCUGGAUGGGGAAGCUGCGGCGGCGGCGGCGGCGGCGGCGGUGGAGGGCAGGGUGGAGGGCGGGGUGCGGGGCCGUCUGGGCGGCUUGCGGGCUCUGACCCUGAGCCGAGUCCUGUUGGAGAGGAGGUCUUGCGAGGGCGGGGUGGUGGGAGCGGAGGCUGUUCUUCGGAGCCCCGAUGUGCUCGCGGCUCUGCGGGACAUUGCGACUGUCAACGACACCGCCCUGACGUGUCAGCUGGGCGACAUGGCGGUUCGCGUGAGUGAGGAAGGCGACGUGGGGGACGUCCAAAAGCUGCUCGCACUGCCCACCAUCGUCGCUGCUUCGUGCGCGGCAAUCAGCGCAGAUAAACCUGUUACUGAGGUGUUGGUGUACGGCACUAAUCUGGAGCGUUUCGGAAUGGCCUUUUGGGCUCGGAUGCAUGGGGUUUGCUACCAGCUGCAGUUCCGCACCUCCCGGGGCGGGGCAGUGAUGCUGCAGCUGCCCGCGCUGCCCCAGGUGGGGCUGCUCCAACUUGAGGCGGUGUCCCCCGGGGGCGGGGCAGUGGGGCCCAGCUACCCGCUGCUGGUGCUGCCCUCCGCGGGGGCGGUGGAGGAGGUGCACGCACUGGCGCGACUAAUGGGACCGGCGAGCCUCCGCCGGUUCAUCGCCGAUUUCGGUUUCGUGUUGGGUGUGGGUGCGCUGCUCUCCCUGCCCCUCAACGGCAUCACACCUGUGAAGAGCGGCCCCUCCAUGUCCCUGGGCUUGGGGCCGGAGUCAGUCAGCGCCUCUGACUCCACCUCCUCCGCCUUCAAUUCCGCCGUCAACGUGGAUGUGCAGCCUGGGGGGGGCGGCACCUGGGGUUCCACGGAGAGCGCGGACGUCAGCUGCGGCAACACUGGCGACGCCCCUGCUGAGGAAACCAAUAGCAGCAGCGGCCAGCCUGCCGUCGCGAUGGCGGCGUCGCAGGCGACGGCGAUGGCGGCGGCGAUGGCGGCGGCGGCGGCACCGCUGGUGAUGCCGAUGCGACGGCGCGGCGUGUUGAGCCGCGGCGGCAGUCGUACAAGUAGCCGAAACACCAGUCCUGAGAACAGCGGUACCAGGGGUUUGUUUUCGGAGCGCAAUGACCCCACGGAUGCGAUGACUAAUGCAGACGACGAGCAAGUAGUGGAGCUGCUGCUCAGUGCCGGAGCGGUGCGCAGCUUGCUGGACACGAGUGUCACCCUGCUGCACACGCUGGUGGAGCGGCGCAUGCAGCACUGCAUCGCCCUGCUGGUGGACCGGCUGUCCGAGCUGGGGGAGCGCUUUCCCGACAGGGUGCAUGGGGGCCUGGCGCCCCCGCUGGCUCCGGGACCCGCAUUCGUACUGAUGCACGCCGCCGCCCGCGUCGGUGACCUGCGGCUGCUGAUGCCGCUGUUGGCGCUGGAGGGGUUGCUGGGGGAGCAUUGCAGUCUCACGGCGAGAGGAGUCAACGGUGUCACUCCCCUGCACUUAAUAGCGCUACUGCCCCAGGCCCCCUUGCUGGUCAGGUCGCUACAGCGGCUGCAGCCGGGGCUGGAGCAGGCACUGGGCACCCUGGAAGCGGAUGACGGAGUCACGCCCAGCCAGCUCUUUCACAUGAUGCACUCCUGGAAGACUGCCCGCCGACAUGCUGUUGGCGGCAGCGGCGGCGGGGGAGCUGGACUCGCCGGUGGCGGCGGCCGCGAGCGCCUGGACAGUGUGGAGACCGUUCCCCAGGUGUGCACCUUCGUACACGGCAGCGGCGGUGCCGCCGGUGCCGGUGCCGCCGGUGCCGGCGCCGCCAGCGGCAUCGGUGCCGCCACUGCGCGCCUGGUCGGGGUGACGCCGGGAGCGCCUGGUGCUGCGGGCCCCAAGGGCCCCAGGGGGGACCUGCCGCCAUCGCGGCCCUCGUCAUCGUCACCAUUAUCUUUUCAGCAGCAGCCUGGCCGGAACGGACCGUCAUGGUCCGCAACGGCAACGGCAAAACAAGGCCCCAGCGGUACGGCAAUAAAGGUAUCCGGCUCGGAAGCCCCCCCCGCACCCCCCGCAGCACCAGGGCCGCCGGAGUGA